GGCUAAUUAAGAGGGAAAUAAACUGACGGGGGAGGGGAGGGGAGCAAACCAAGCGCAAGGCCCCAAACUGCGGCGGGGAGCAGCGGGCAGGACGCCUCCACCUCCCCGCCGCGAGGGCAGGGGCCACCCGGUAAUGGCGCCGCGGCGCCCGCCCCCCCCCCCCCGCCCUUCUGUAACGGCGGGCCGCGCCGGGCGCCUUUAUGUAAGGGCAGAGGCGGGGCCGGCACGGCGGCGACGGCGGCAGCGGCAGCAUCAGCACCGGCACCGGCACCAGCACCGCCAUGUCCUGGUACCGCCGCGCCGUGUGGUUCGCGAAGGGGCUGCGGGAGUACACGAGUUUAUUCAGGAGCGGCUAUGAGUCUGCGUCCAAGCGCUUCGGUCCCGCUGAUGUCGAAGUGGACGUGGCUGGAAAAUCCUUUCUGGUCACUGGGGCAAACAGUGGUAUUGGCAAGGCGACAGCAAAAGGGAUAGCAAAGCGAGGUGGCACAGUUCACAUGGUUUGUCGAAAUAAGGAAAGGGCUGAGGAAGCCAAAGCAGAAAUUAUGACAGAAACGGGUAAUCAGAGUAUCUUCUUGCAUAUUUUGGAUAUAUCUAAUCCCAAGGAAAUCUGGAAGUUUGCUGAAAAAUUCAAAAAUGAGCAUAAAUUAAAUGUUUUGAUCAACAAUGCAGGAUGUAUGGUUAACCAACGGGAAUUAACAGAAGAUGGACUUGAAAAGAACUUUGCAACGAACACCUUAGAUGUCCAAGAAUUGCUGCUCGGCCUUGGGCACUUAGGCUGCGACGGGGGCGUGCUAGCCGGACACAAGUCUGAAACUGCACACUGCUGCCUGAAUCACACCUUCGGGAUGGAACUGAGUCAGUGCCUUGGGAGUUCAGCGAGGGCAAGACGAAAUCCUGUACAUGGGGGUGACAGACUGCACACCUACUCCCCCCAUUCUGUGUUCUGCUGCUUGCUUCUGAGCGAGCUCCUGAAUUUAUCCUGCUGGACUCCUUUGCGGCACAGCAAAUACUCCUGCUCACAGAGAAGUGUUGUAUACCAUCUCCCUGCAAAAAGGUACUUUUUUUCACCUUUACGCCAGUGGAGCCAAACUUUCAGGCUAGGCAGGCAGUAUACCUUCCAAUGGCAGGCAAAGGUCAUAUAUAACAGUCUGGCCUCUGUCACACGAUCAGAUUUGAUAGCUUCAGGUAGUACAGCUGUACAUCCAAGAGCGCCUAGCAGGUUUACUCCUAGCUUCCUGCCUGCUGGGUCUGAGGUUACUGUGGGAAAGAGGGAAGCUGCUGCUUGAGUUUCUGCCACGUGAGUAUUUCGGGUAGCCUGUCCUCUUACACGUGCACUGUUCAGACCUGUGCAGGAAAAGGGCUGUAGUCCAGGUGAGCCAUGCUGGGAAACAUCCUGCUCCUCACUGCCAUGUUUCCCAGAGGACUCUUGAGUCCUCCUCUGUCUUAGGUACAGGUGAUGGGGAACAGGCACUGGGAAACAUGGUGGCCUGGAGGCUGAGCACCUCCAUUUGUGAAGUAUCUGCUCGAGACCAGGACACACUUUUUCCAGAAUACCCCCAGCAGUGUUGGUAGUUCUUGUCUUUCCAGAAUAAACCUCCCUUUGCUUCUGGCAGAAUCAUGAAGGUGCUGUCAGAGGAAGGGCAGGAUCUCCAAGCUACUCAAUGCUCUUUCAGUGCAAGGCACAUCACUGUUGAUCAUAACCUUCCCCUCCAUGCCCAUUUGUGCUCUCUUGGUCUUUUAAAAAUAAGGAGAAAAAACGAUCACAAAAUCUCUACAGUCCAAACACAGUGACUAUUAAGAACUAAUCUCAUUUGAUAUGCCUUACCAUUUUAACUCAACUCUAUGGGAGGAGGUGCCUCCUUCAACAGGCGAAAAUGAUUUCUGUGUCAACAAAACAACAUAAUAGAAUGGUGAGGUUUUUGUUUUGGAAAGUUAGGUGCCCAAUACAUUGCUAUCAGUAAUCAAUUGUUAGAAAAAGUAUAAAUUGCUGGGAUGUUGUCUUGAUUUCUUGCAUGGGUAGCAAACGUAGCCUUGUCUACCAAAUCAAAAUGUUGGUUUUGCUUGCAGAGGAAUAAUUACUAGAAAUAUGACAAUUUUCUUUUUUAUUUUUAAUACUGUUCAUGCAGUUCAUACUUGCAUGAGGAUUGUGGCCGUCAGCACAUUCAUGUUUUGCUUCCUAUUUACUUAAAGGAAAUUCAUUUCUGUAUUACUGCAUAUUGUAAUACAUCCAUGCUUGGAAAAAUGCAGGCCAGAAAGUGCAUGACUGCAACAGGCCUCUAGACUAGCUGUACUUAGCAUUGUUUUUAGUCUUAUCAGUUUGAAUCUAGCUAUCAAACUGCAUACCGGCUUUUAUGUGGAUAAAAAUGUAGAGGUUUAAACUGGUGAUGACGUAUUUCAAACAAAGAUAUACCUAAGUAAUCUCACUGUAUUAAAUUACUUGUUGAGGUUGUUUUGCCUCACAGACCACCCAUGCAAAAAGAGUGUAUAGUAUCCAAUAUAUCUGUUAAAAAAAAUGAGGAGUCUGUAUCCAGACACUUAAGAUUGGACCAAAGGUUGGUGAAAUAUUUAGUAGGAGGAGGAACAAAACACUGUGGUCGUGGAGCCUGGUGCUUCGGAUGUAUGUAUGUGUGGAGAUACUAGUACCUGCCUCGGGAAACAGGGAUCAAAACCAGUCUCUUGACACUCGCUCCCAAAGCAAAUGAGCAAGUGGCUUUGUGGGGCAAAAAGACAGAAUGAUCUGGCUAUGUGGGAUUUACUGAAUUCUUAUUAAACGGGAGGAAGAGAAGAGACACUGGCUUUGCAAUUUGUGGUUUUAACUACACAUACAAACUUCUGAGAAGCUGCAGUUGCUAUAAGCAGUAUUUUUGGCAUUGAGCAUUUCUCUCAUCCAGCUGGAAAACAAAACAAAACCCAGUUGUUAAUGAGGCAGUGUUAAUGCAUUCAUCUUUGCAUCUCUUUAGAAUUAACAAACAGAAAUGAAGCCCUUAAAAGCAUAAAUUAGUCUGGGGGGAGUCAAAUCAAGAGUUGUCAUAGCUGGUGCAUUGCAGCUCUGCUUUUGGGAAAUGCAGCUUAUUUAACCAAAAUGUGACGUUACUUUGCAUUUGAAGAGUUUAUAGCAAAUCAAAAUUUAAUCCAGCCUUUCAGCUUGUACUGAAGUUAUUUUUUUUUUAUCUCGCAGCAAUCUCCCAUGGCAAUCAGUAGUAGUUCUUGUCCUAAUGAUGUCAUCCUUCAGUCUCCCCGCUGCUACCAGGGGAGACUUCGCGCGCUCAUUAUUCACUGGCAACUGCCUCGGCAUGCAUUUUCUGCUGAAGGCAGCCUGCAUUUACUCAUCUGCUGCGCAUUCGUUUUGUUUGAUUUGCCUGGGUUUUAAAUGUAUUGUGUGCAUAUGGAUGUCCCUGUGAUUAUAUUGGGAAAAGGAGGACUGUUGGGGCUGACAGGAGAACUGAACAAUUUGUUCACCAAGCAUGUAACACAUUUAAUUUUGGUAGCAUAUUUAUAAACAUGCUGCAUUUUAGCUGAGUGAGCUCAUCGCCUCUGCAGAAGGGAGGUUAUGAAGACACAUGCUGAAGUCUUCAUGGCUAAUGAAAAACAUGGCCUUAGCAGCUCGUGGAAAAAAAUGUGUUUAUCACUCACAUUGUUGUUGAACUAGAGCCACUUGUGAAGGGACAAGAGAGAGGUAUUAUACUCUUACUUGAUGCAGAAACAAAUGGGUCCAGAGAGAUUCAUUUUGAAUUAAACAGCUGAGAACUUUCUUUAAUACAGUUUAAAGGAAAACAAAUUUUAAAAAUUUGCCUUAAGAGAUAAAAAGAAACCCCAAAUCACUGUCUUGCACUUGAGCUAGCUGAAAAAAACACUAGGUGUGUCUGAAUCAAACACACUAUCUGUUGAACAAUAUGUUUUGCAUAAAUAAACUUUGCUGGUCAUGGUAACAGCUGUAAUGGAAUAUAGUUUUGUUCUGUGUAUGAAUCUGUGCUAAAUAAGCACGAUUGAAGUGGGAAAGAACACAGCUUAUGUUUCCCCGAGUAAUCUUAGUUGUAGCCCUGGGCACAAAAUCCUAGUAUUUUCCCUCUGGGAGUUACUUAUCUUUUAUAAGAGUCAUGCUGGGUAUUAAAGAGGCAGUUUUUCUGUGCAAUACAAAUCAGAAAUGUUGAGAUACCCCAACUGAUUUCAAGACGAAAGACAGAAACAUUGCAGAGUGAUGGAGAAGUCUUUAGUGCAUCUUCGCUUUCUCCAGUUAAACCACAGCCAGGGCUGGAUAUAGUUGCCGUAUGCAAGGGCUGAGAAACACACGUGUAGAAACAGUUUGCUCCUCUUGUUCAUAACCUGGCAUGAAUAUGUGUAUCUACACUACACAUGGAGGGGAAAUGUCUUCCCUAUUUUUUCCCUGGCAUCAUCUUACCCCCAUAUAAAUAUAUACCUGACCCAAGCUGCCUUUUGCAUCAUAGCUAGAAUGUAGCGAGCAGUUUAUACUACAGGUACAAUAUACAUAAAAGCCUAUAAAAUAAUUGUUGUUCCUUUUGAGAAGUAUGCAGCAAUGUUGACCACUACAAGUUGAAUAGACACAGGUAAAGCAGCAACGAAAUCAUUAAAUUCAGAUGAAAUUGCAGUAAUAAAGAGAUUUCCUGUAUUUUGACUUGUUACAGGGGGCAAGAAGAGAAGAAAGCUUUUUCAUAAAGAAAAGUUAACGUUCACGUUUGUCUUUCUCGUAGGCACAUACAUUCUAACAACUGCCCUGCUGCCCCUGCUGGAAAAAGAA